GCAGCCGUCCUUCCCGCUCCUCGGGCCGGCUGCGGCCGCGAGUUCGCGGCUGCUGGUCGCGCUGUGGCGGGCGAACUGCAGCGCCUCUUCAAGGGACCCGUGCAGCCAAAUUAGCUGUAGCAGCAAAUUCUCUGAAAAUGGAAGAAAAAAAAACCAAGAGGAGGAGUCCUAAGUCAUCCAGUUCUCAUAUCAGUCAGGUAGUCAACAAUAAGAAGAACUCGGUGCCUCCUAGCAAAAGUACAGCAUUUUCAAAUUCUGCUCCCCAGCCACCUUUACAGAGACCAAAGUUUAAGAGAGGCAUAAAAGAAAAAACCAAAGCACCAGGAGCAGAAAACAAAGGAGCACAGGCAGCUCCAAUCCAGCACUCAUUUCUCACAGAUGUAUCAGAUGUUCAAGAGAUGGAAAAAGGACUUCUGAGUCUUCUAAAUGACUUCCAUUCUGGAAAACUUCAAGCAUUUGGAAAUGAAUGUUCCAUAGAACAAAUGGAGCAUGUGAGAGGAAUGCAGGAGAAACUGGCUCGCUUAAACCUGGAUCUUUAUGGAGAAUUGGAAGAACUCCCUGAAGAUAAGAGAAAACUAGCUAGUGACUCCAAUUUGGAUAGACUUCUGUCAGAUCUAGAAGAACUGAAUUCUUCUAUACAAAAACUUCACUUAGCAGAUGUUCAAGAUGUUCCAAAUACCAGUACAAGCUAAAAAUACACCUUUUGUUUUGGAAAUCCAAGGUGUCUUAUUUAAUUUCCAGUGGACGAUCUUGCUUUUGUGGCAGAGUAUUCAAAUGCAAGUGAAAAUACUCAUGCAUUUAUCAUAGCAGAUGUAAGCACAGCAACUUUGUCAGGGUACGGUAUGUCCAUGUCUUGCUGCUAUGCUUUGUAUUAUUGCCUUAUUCACUAUGAAGUGUUGAAACAACUUGAAAGUGUGAUUUUAUAAUAUAACAUGCUCAGCUUUGAUUAAGCAGUAACAGAGUGUGGUAUGUACUUGCUGCCUUUCUCACAAUUUAGACAAUCAGCACAUGAGUAGGUUGUUUUAUUGGCCUGUCAUGGUAUUAAAUGAGUGUUUAAUUUAUUUUAGCAAUAAAAAUGUUUUAAAGAUUA